AUGACCACCCGAGUCCUCUUCCUCAUCGCAUGCUGCGUCUCUGUGCUGCUGUCUCCGAAUGCUCCCGCUCAGCCCGAUUUUCUGAGCAUGGCCAGCUCAGAGCCGGAAGUGACCACCUCCGUUGAGCCCUCCGUCACCACCACUUCCCCCGGCUCCACGAUGGUCAUCGCCGUCACCCUCAACCACGCCGAGGGUUUCCAUACCUGGCCAAACCAGCCCAUCAUCCCUGAAGAACUGGGCGAUUUCCCCGCGACCGCGACCACGAUCACCAUCAUCAACCAAGCCGAGCUCGAAGCCGCCGGGAUCGAAGUUGGACCAAUCCAAUGGCCCGACACACACACCGUCCAGGUCCGCUUCCUCGGCCCCCCAAUCAACCUCGAAACCUACGACGGCGAGGCGACCGCGUACAUCCCCAUCCGCAUCGCCGACGACGCACAACUCGCCGACCUCGAUUUCACCAUCGAAACCUACUUCCAAGCGUGUGAUGACUUCACCUGUCUUGCACCAACCGCGGAGCAAGUUUCCUUCACCCUCACCAUCGCCGACACCGCCGAAUCCCCAGCUCAGAACGACCUCUUCGCGAGCUUCGAUCCCGCGAUCUUCUCCGAUCCCGAUGCAUGGGACGCAUCAACCACCGCACCAGCACAAACCGAUGCUUCCAAUCAGCGUCAGUUCCUCGGACUCUUCGUGCUCCCACCGAUCGACACCCCAGCCGGAUUCGCGAUCAUCGCCCUCGCCGCGGCAGUGGGGGGAUUCAUCCUCAACCUCACCCCCUGCGUGCUGCCAGUCAUCCCGCUCAAGGUCAUGACCCUGACCAACCACGCCGGAGAGAGCAAGAGCCGCGCCCUCAAGCUCGGCGUGAUGAUGGCGCUGGGAGUCAUCGCCUUCUGGUUCGGGAUCGGUCUCCCCGUCGCGUUCGUCGCCGACUUCGUCGAUCCCUCCAUCAUCUUCGGGGUCUGGUGGGUCACCCUCAUCAUCGGACUGCUUAUUGCCCUGAUGGGACUGGGAAUCAUGGGAUUGUUCACGAUCAAGCUCCCCCAGAGCACCUACAUGAUCAACCCCAAAGCCGACUCCAUGUCUGGCUCAUUCAUGUUCGGAGUCAUGACCGCGAUCCUCGGCCUCCCAUGCUUCGGAUUCGUCGCCGGCGCCCUGCUCGCCGGAGCCGCGACCAUGGAACCUUGGCAGGUCCUCACCAUCUUCUUCUCCCUCGGAUUCGGGAUGGCGUUCCCGUAUCUGAUCCUCACCCUCAACCCCAAGUGGAUGAACAAGAUCCCCAAGACCGGCCCCGCCUCUGAGCUCGUCAAGCAAGUCAUGGGACUGCUCAUGCUCGCCGCCGCCGCGUAUUUCCUUGGGACCACCGCGAUCUCGAUCUCCUCCUCCCAGUCGUGGUCCAUGCCGUGGUGGUUCAAGACCAUCCACUGGUGGAUCAUCGCGUUCUUCGGACUCGCCGCCGGACUCCUCCUGAUCGUCCGGACCAUCCAGAUCACCAAGAGCGCCGCUCGCCGAUUCAUCUUCUCGACCAUCGCGCUGCUCGUCACCGCCGGCGGGAUCGCCGUCGCUGCCAACCAGACCAGCCACCAGUACCACUACUUCUGGGAGCCGUUCUCUGAGGCCGCUCUCUCCGACGCGCUCAUCAGCGGCAAGGUCGUCGUGCUCGACUUCACCGCCGAGUGGUGCCUCAACUGCAAAACCCUCGAAGCGACCGUGCUCUCGCGGAACCCCGUCAAGCCACUCCUGCUGAGUCCUGAGGUCGUCCCGCUCGUUGCGGAUCUCACGUCGACCUCCGCCCCAGGAUGGGACAAGCUCAAAGAGCUCGGACAGACCGGCAUCCCGCUCCUCGCCGUCUACGAGCCCGGCAAUCCCAAUCCGAUCUGGCUCUCCAACGCAUACACACCGACACAAGUCGUGGAAGCGAUCGAGCGUGCCAAAGCCGGUUCAGAUCGAUAA